AUGGCUAACGAAGAACAAGGCAGCAUCUUGAAAGCUCUCGACGUUGCAAAGACUCAAUGGUACCACAUCACAGCGAUUGUAAUCUCCGGUAUGGGUUUCUUCACAGACUCAUACGAUCUCUUCGUGAUAUCUCUCGUCACCAAGCUCCUUGGCCGGAUCUACUAUCACAAUCCUGGCUCCUCCAAUCCCGGAAGCCUCCCUGACGGCAUCUCAGCCGCCGUGAGCGGUGUAGCCUUUGCCGGAACGUUUCUUGGACAGAUCUUCUUCGGGUUUCUCGGUGACAAGCUUGGCCGUAAGAGAGUCUACGGCUUGACCCUCUUGAUCAUGACCUUAUGCUCCAUCUGCUCUGGUCUCACCUUUGGAACCGAGCCAAAAACCGUCAUGAUCACUCUCUGCUUCUUCAGGUUCUGGCUAGGGUUUGGCAUAGGCGGUGACUAUCCACUUUCGGCUACGAUCAUGUCCGAGUACGCUAACAAACGUACACGUGGUGCGUUUAUAGCAGCUGUUUUCGCUAUGCAAGGGUUUGGGAUCUUAGCCGCUGGUGCUGUUUCGUUGCUUGUCUCGUAUAUUUUCGAGCUCAAGUUUCCUUCUAAACCCUACAUGCUCGACCCGGCCGGCUCCACCGUUCCUCAAGCAGAUUACGUGUGGAGGAUCAUACUUAUGUUGGGAGCUUUACCAGCUCUCUUGACUUACUACUGGCGUGUGAAGAUGCCUGAAACCGCUCGUUACACUGCUCUAAUCGCCAAGAACGCUGAACAAGCAGCUUCUGAUAUGUCUAAGGUUCUCAACGUAGACAUUGAAGCCUCUUCAGCAAAGCAUGACCAAGCUAGGGUUUCUUCAGACGAGUUUGGCUUGUUUUCCAAGAAAUUCCUCAGCCGUCACGGAAAACACUUACUCGGAACAACCACCACGUGGUUCCUCCUUGACAUCGCUUUCUACAGCCAAAACUUGUUCCAGAAGGAUAUCUUCACCACCAUUGGUUGGUUACCUUCGCCGAAAACCAUGAACGCAAUCCAAGAGCUCUUCUUGAUCGCUAGGGCACAAUCUUUAAUCGCUCUUUGUGGUACGGUUCCUGGUUACUGGUUCACCGUUGCUUUAAUCGACAGGAUCGGACGGUUCAAGAUUCAGGUCAUUGGAUUCUUUUUCAUGACGGCUUGUUUGGUCGGUUUAGCUAUACCGUACCACCAUUGGACCUUGCCGGAGAACCGAAUUGGUUUCAUUGUUCUCUACUCUUUAACAUUUUUCUUUUGCAAUUUUGGACCUAACGCGACUACUUUCAUUGUCCCGGCUGAGAUUUUUCCGGCGAGACUUAGGUCGACUUGUCACGGUAUCUCGGCGGCUUCUGGUAAAGCCGGUGCGAUUGUUGGUUCUUUCGGUUUUGCUGCUUUGGUUAAGGCUGUGGGGAUGAGGAAGACGUUACUGAUCAUGGCAGCUAUCAGUUUUGCUGGUUUGCUUCUCACGUUUCUUGUUCCGGAGCCUAAGGGAAAAUCGCUUGAGGAGCUUUCCGGUGAAGCUGAACCGGAGAAAAUUCAGGAGAAGAUUGUAGUUUAG